AUGCACGAGGAGUAUUCUCCUGAGAAAACCAACCCUCAGCAGCUCGAAAACUACUCUCGUUUCUUCCGAAGGCUUGCCAGAUCUCUCCCGCAUGUCCACCGACCAAGUCGAGACGACUUUCUAAACGCCGCCAAUGGCUUUUGGCAACGCGCACGAGUACGCUUCAAAUGGCUUACAAUCAGGUCUUUUCGCAGGUACAAUGCAGACGACAUAUCCGCAUUUGUUACUUGGUUUUUCAUGAGUCAGACAUUAUGGCUCUUUGUGGGAACGACCACUUUUUUCUCAGUCAUAUUUGCCGUGGCGAACAGCUUGCGUUUGCAAGAAUACGUCGCUCGCGCUAUAAGUGACUAUCUCACUGCUGAGACGGGCAUCAUAAUAAUCUUCGAGUCUGCCGUUGUGCCGAAGUGGAAGGACUCGCGUAUCUCAUUCAAGAAUGUCUAUAUCAUCCGUGGUCCAGCAGGCGUUGACAUCGCAAAGAAGCGAAGGUCUGCUAUUCAAGCGGGCCACAAGGUGGCAGCCGGCUAUGAUGUCAGCAACCAUCCCUCAUACCACGCUAUCGGAGAAGAGACCGAGGAGGAACAGGUCGAAAAUCAUUCGGAAGAUGACACGAACUACUCAAUGUUCGAUUUGAGCGUGGACUCGGUUGAUGUCACACUUUCGUUUGCUCGAUGGAUGGAAGGUAGAGGUCUAGUUGUCGACGCGGUCAUCAAGGGUGUCCGAGGAGUGUUAGAUCGGCGCGAGGUGACCUGGGAUCCGGAUAACCCGCCCGACCCAGCAGCGUUCCGUCAUGUUGCACAACCUGGAGAUUUUGAACUCGACUCGCUCCAGCUCGAGGACGUGUUGAUUACUGUAUACCAGCCUGGAGGGUUCCGCCCGUACACAGCAUCUAUUUUCCGCGCCGAUAUACGUACCUUUCGCAAGCAAUGGCUGUUCUAUGACUUCCUCUGUGCAGAAAAUGUGGUCGGUCAAUUCGAUAAUUGCCUAUUCAGUUUGCACAAGCCACAAAGCAUCGGAAGAACUACGGAGCAAGAUCUUCGAGAUGGACAAUGGGCGCGCAUGUCUCGCUUCCGCAUGGACGGUGUAAAUGUUGACCAUCUGCAAAGUAUGACAACACAAGAAGGUCCCUUUUCCUGGAUUACCACAGGCAAAGUCGACGCAGUACUUGAUAUCAAGUUCCCUCGUGACCCACAGGAAGAUUUGCCUCUGAAUGCUCUCUUAGGCGAACUCGCAGACGCGAUCACAACUGCGGCGUCGUCAGUCACCACCGAACGCAUCCCAGGUCAACGAGAGCUAGCAAAGCCGCCGCUCAGUGCACCAUCAGACGGCGAACGUGUGGCGGAGGACGAGCCGCACGUCGUGAUUGACAUCGAUCUGCGAUUCCGGGACUUGAAGGCCGCCGUGCCGUUGUUUACGCAUGAUUUGAGUUAUGUGAACUAUGCGUUAAUCAGACCUAUCGUUGCGUUCAUGAAUGUCAAUCGGACAUUGGUCCCCAUCCGAUGCCGAGUCAUAAAGCCGCUAAACGACUUUGAGGGUUCAUGGACUUUAUGGGAAACUGGUCUCAUGGAUGCUAUAUCGGAGAAGGUGUAUGAAGCAAUGGCAUAUCACGUCACCCAGGUCAACUUCAACCGCAGAGUAAAGGCGGUCAGUGCAUGGAGCUUGCAGCUGACUGCAAGCGCAAUGAUAUCCGCCUUGAAGACCCUCGUCGACCCGGUGGCUGCACACCUCCGUGACUUGUACAAUGAAGGUAUUCCACAUGACGUGACGUUUCAUGAGGACCCUUUACAGCAUCGAGUGGCCAACCAUGCGCAUAUCGGAGACUCUGCAGCUCAUUCUGUAUAA